AUGAUUCAACUGAAAAAUGCAGCAAAAAAAAGGAGAGGGCAAGUUGGCAGACUGAGUGCAGACACACUUGUUGCUCCUCGCUGUCAAGUUCUCCGAAAGGGACAGGAAGUGAUGCUUCGCUGGAUCUUGCUCGCUUUGCUCUUUGGCGUCUGUGCCAGUGGCUCAGAUCAGAAGAAGAAGAAGGAGAAGUCCCCGCCUAGAGGAUGGGGCAAUUCUAUUAGUUGGGUCGCAAAUUAUGAAGAGGGUCUGGCAAAGGCUGUCAGCAGUAAGAAGCCGCUCAUGGUCAUUCAUCAUCUAGAAGACUGUCCACACAGUCAAGCACUGAAGAAAGCAUUUGUUGCCGACAAGUCCAUCCAGAAAAUGGCCAGAGAGGAUUUCAUCAUGCUCAAUGUGGUGAAGGAGACAGGGGACCCGAAUAUGGCACCUGACGGUUUCUAUGUUCCUAGAAUUCUCUUUGUUGAUCCGUCCUUGUCUGUGCGCAAUGACGUCACAGGACGGUUCAGUAACAACCUCUACACUUACGAGAAGGGUGACAUGGAAUUAUUGGCCGAGAACAUGAAGAAAGCCAAACUCCUGCUGCACGACGAACUCUGAGCCUCCUGCGGACACACUGGACCGUCUGCUCUAUGUUUACUUGCUGUUCAAAGCUGAAUAAAACUAAUAACUGUCA